UCUACCCUACCCCUUACUUUCUGCAGCCUCACCCUAACCUCCCCGCAGAGGUCCCUAACCCCCGGGCACCACAGAUUAAACCCCCCACGGGUGGUGCCUAAACCUAACACACCCUCCCCCGGCCCUACCAACCAGCUAUACUUAGUCGGGACGCGGGUUGUCAGGAUUCCAUCUGCCGUCAUCUUAACCGCGUGUUGUACAAUGUAUAUUACGAUGAGCUUGCAGAAUCUUGUGAGAAGGUCUUGGAUGAAAACCCCGAAAGGGCCAACUCUGUAUGUGGGGAGGAGAUGGACACCUGUGGUGAAGAUAGUAAACUGCUAGAGAAAACCUUAAAAGUGGUCAGGCGUUUGAGUAGCCGAGAAGACCCCAUAAGCGUGGAACCUUCGCAGGUAACUGGCCCUCUUCUGGAUAUGUUCACCACCAUAGCAGAGAGCCAAGUGCCCAUCCGCAGCCAGCAGAAAGGAGACCCAGAGUUUAGCCAGGAGCAGAAGAUGGCUAUGCUUCUCGACUUGUACAAGUCUAAGCCUCUCAUCUUUCUGGAGCGCUUUCGGAAAGUUCUAAAAGAGGAACACCUGGAUUGCUUUACCCAACUUUCCGGUGACUACACCGCUGACUUCUACUUCAAGGAGAUCCGCAAAGCCUCCCUCAAAAAGAUGAAUCACACGAGGGUCCGGAACAAGCGGUAUGCCGCCCUCCAGCAGCUCAUCUCGGCUGGGGAAUAUUUCAGUGACGAGCAGAUGCGGGCACGGGACCCUCUCAUGUAUGAGCAUUACGUGGGCCAGUACCUGAGCGAGGAGGAGAUCAUGUCGCAGAACAGUCGAGAUCUGGCUCAGGCCAGCUGCUUAUCAGAUGUGCUCCUCAACUCCUGCCAGGAGCAGUCUUUACAGGAGAGGCUGGAAGCCCAGCGAGACCUGGAGGAGAGCUGCAUGGAGGAAGAGGAGGAUGACAGUGAGGAGGAAGAGUCUGAGCUGCAGUCAGAUGAGGAGCGGGAAGUGGACAGCGAGGAACGGGUCCUAAUGCGGGAAGAACUCAUCAGCCGCAUGCAUCAGAGGUUUUUGGAUGGAAAUGAUAAAAAUUUCGACUACAAGGAAGUCGAUGAUAACCCGGAUUUUGAUAACUUGGACAUUGUCACUCGCGAUGCGGAGGAAAAAUACUUUGACGACGACGAUGAUGAUGAUGAAAUGGAAAGAGAUGAGGAAGAGGGUAAGGAGAAUGGACAGGACAGCAGUGAGUGACCACGUCAUGCAUCUUCAGAACCUUAUAACAAGGACAGGACUUACAUUCCUAUAUAUGAUUUAUUAGCAAAUCCACUCCAGGCAGUGGUUUUGCUUCAUCAGGGCGCCUUAGUAAAAUGAAGCUGUGCGCUGUGUUGGCCAGUAGAGGGCAGCACAUUUCCAUUGAUGAUUCAUGAGUAUAUCAUAUAAAGGAAAAUAUGUUAAAGCCUACAUGUGUUACAUGUACAAAGUACGUUAUGACUUUGGUGAGCACCCAAAUACACUUAAGGACAUUUUCAGACCAAAAGAGAAUUGUGUGUUACAUGGAAGAAGGGGACAAGUGUAAUGGAGGAUCUGCUCUUCAUAGAGAGACCGUCUAGGAUAAAACUAGAAUCUAUUGGUUAUUCUGUGUUUGUGUUUAUCUUUUAGUGUAGAAUAACUUUUUCUACCGAAGAAGAAAGUUCAAAGAAAAUAAAAACUGAUUUGCUAUUUGAAA